GGGAGCGAGAGAGGGAAAGAGAGAGGCUGGAGAACGAAAGGUUGGAAAGAGAUAGAGAGAGGGAAAUGCAGGCUGCAGGUUUAGAUGUUUGUGGGAACAUUGUGGGACGAGGAGCAAAUGAGAAGAACAGCGUUGGCAUGAACCAACACCAACACCAACACCAACACCAGCACAGAGAGAUGGCAGCCACCAGAGCCGACAGUGAGAACAAUCCAGGCAGCCAUAACCCUCCAAACCACAACCCGCCCAAGAUCCUGCCAGUGUCGGGGAAACUGGAGCAGGCAAUGCAGAACAACUCAGGCCUUGUUCGUCCCUCUGCCUUCAAGCCGGUGGUUCCCAAGAGCUUCCACUCCAUGCAGAACCUGGUGGGCCAGACAGGAGGGGCUGGGAGCGAGGGCAAGACUGAGGCAAGGAGUGAAGGGUUCAGUGAGAGCAGAGGAGGCAGGAGAGUCAGGGAUGGAGCAGGAGGAGAAUCAGGAGAGGUCCCAGAGGCCCUGCUCCUGGACCAGGACAGCCCAGUGAGGGUCAGCAGAACUGAGGGCGGGGGAAAUGGUAAUGAAGUGGUUCAGGGAGGGAUGUCUGACUCAGGGAGGAACUCCCUGACCAGCCUGCCCACUUACACAGGCUCAGGGUCCGGUUGUGGGCCUCCAGCAGUCCUGGGGCCUCUCAGUGCUUCCACCAGCCACAUCAACAGGUUGGGCAUGGUUGGGGCAGCUGCAGGUCUCGAACAACUGGAAAAGCCUGGCUACCAGAACGGGCUCAGCGCCUCAGACAGCGGCCGGUCCUCCUCAGGAAAGAGCUCCUCGUCCUAUCAGAGGCUGAGCCACCUGAGCGAUGCCCCAGCACCUCUUCGCCCCUCCCCCUCCUCUGAUGACAUCAUCCAGGACCUUGAGGACCGCUUGUGGGAGAAAGAGCAAGAGGUGCAGCAUAUGCGCAGAAACCUGGACCAAAGCGAGGCAGCAAUCAUUCAGGUGUUUGAGGAGAAGCAACGUGUCUGGGAGCGGCAGAUGGAUGAGCUGAGACAGAACUACGCCUCGCGCCUGCAGCAGGUUACCCGUCGUGCUCAGCGCUCCCAGACUGCCCUGCAGGCCCAGAUAAGCCGUCUGUCCCAGGACAAGAGGAGACUCCAGGAGGAGAUGGCGGCUCUGUUGGCCCAGAGAGAGGAGCUGGAGAGAAAGUGUCUGGAUUACAGGAAGGAGCAGGCUGACAUCUUGCCUCGUCUGGAGGAGACCAAGUGGGAGGUGUGUCAGAAGGCAGGAGAGAUCUCCCUGCUGAAGCAGCAGCUGAGGGAGAGUCAGGCUGAAGUGACCCAGCGAGCUGGAGAGAUGGUGGCCCUGAGAGGCCAGCUGAAGGAGCUCAAUGCCCAGCUGAGGGAGCGGGAAGAGACCAUGCUGGGCCUAAAGGACUCCUAUAGCUCCAAGAGUCUGGAGCUGGAGAAGUGUGAGGGAGAGCUGAGGAGGACUCUGUCAGAGGUGUCCAUCCUUAGAGAGAAACUGGGUGUAUUUGAGGCAGAGGUGCUUAGUUUAAAGCGGGCUCUGAGUGAAGUGAGCAGAGGAGCAGAAGUUGUUGUGAGCCCUAACUUAGCUGCUGCAGGACUGUUGCCACCCUGGGGAAUUGUCCACUGCCCACGUAACCCCACUGAGUCCUCAACCAACUCUCUCACCCCCACAUCUGACACCCUGUUGAGUCUUCAGAGUGAUGAAGCCAAAGCCCAAAGGCAAGAAGCUCAGAGACAGGAGAGGCAGCAACGCGAAGAAGCUCAAUGGCGUGACGUGCAGCAGCGACAAGAUGCCCACAUGCAGCAGGACAUCCGAAUGCGCCAAGAUGCCCAAAUCCGACCAGAGGCCCAACUCCGCCAGGAGGCACAGCUUCGGCAGGAGGCUCAUUUCCGCCAUGAAGCCCAACUACGCCAAGAAGCACAGCUGCGCCAAGAGGUGCAGCUCCGUCAGGAGGCACAGCUCUGCCAUGAGGCUCAAAUGCGUCAAGAGGCCCAGCUACGUCACGAGGCCCAACUCUGCCAGGAGGUGCAACUGCGUCAGGAUGGCCACCAGCCACAGCGUGGCCAGGAGGGCCACUGGGACGAGGCAGGGGAGCUGCGCAGGCAACUAGAGCAGCUGCAGGCCACGUUGCGCCUGGAGCGGCAGCAACGGGAACGCCAGGCCCUCAACUUCGACCAAGAGCGACACACCUGGCAGGAUGAGAAGGAGCGGGUUUUGAAAUACCAGGCACAGCUGCAGCUCAGCUAUGUGGAAACGCUGCAGAAGAACCAAGCUUUGGAAAAACGUAUGAGCCAGUUGGGAGCCAAACCAAACACAACGUCCACCACCACCACUAUUACCACUACUACAACCACCUCGCCCACCUCUUCCAAUUCUCCACCUCCACCACCAGCCCUCUCACCUCUGUCUCCUCAGCCCCCACCCUCUCUCUCUGGCCCCAUCGCCCUCACCAUCUCUCCACCUUGUGAAGACCAGAAGGGCCCUCCUUCUCUCCACCAGCUUGCCAAUCCCUGGGCAGGACCCUCACGCCUGGAGAGGAUAGAGUCCACUGAGAUAUAGAGACAGCUCCAUCACAAAUUGUCCAGUUUAAUACACAAAGGCCUCUCACACAAAACUACUUCAGCAUACAGUUGAAAAACAUUUCAGUCUACAUUGGAAUAUAUCAGUACAGUCUGACAUACUUUUCAAAGCAACUUAAGACACUAAACAGCAACAAAGGCCGACUGCAGAAUCCAACAUUAUCAGUAACAGGCAGAUCAUCUGAACAGGAAGUUGAACUUCACUCAACCUCCGAAGCAGCCUUCCUCUCACUAGUUGCACACCAAUACAUCCUACCUACGUAAUCAGUGUCAAUGAGAAGUGUGCCACACUGAUGGAUAGCGAUAAGCAAAAUGUCAAAUGACAAUGUUUAGAUGACAGCACUAAUUCGGUGGUCAUUUAAUGCCCAUGCUAGAAAAGGACCAAGACAAUCAGGGAUAUUGUCAGAAAUGAAUAACAAGAAUAUUACGCGGUAUUUCUUCAUUGUAUGUCUGUGUCACUGGUAAUGUAAAAGUAGAAAUAGUGGUCAGAGCGUGUGAUGUUAACUUGCAUUUUUGGCCAGAGAGCGCCUUACUCCAUUCUUUCCAGCAUGUAUACGAGAAUAACUAAUGCUGGGAACAGAUUUUUUUUUUUUUUUUAAAUCAAGAGUGUGAUUAUUAUUUUCAGUGCUUUAAUUAUAAUAUCAGCAAACCAGUUACACAACAUUAUUACACAUGGCUGGACUAUUUAAUUUAAAUCCCAGCAGAUAUCAACAUCACAAGUCACACAGACUGGUUCUUGAUUCAGUUUUCAAGUCAUUUUAUGCACAGGGUCCAACAUGCAUGACCCAUUUGAACACAUCAUUAAGACCACCAGAGUUUAUAUUUUCUACAAAUUUAAUUAAAUAGAUAUGUUUAGCAGAUAAUCAACCCCAAUUGAGUAUAAAAUAUGUUUUAAGACGUGGGAGAACCUGGUUCGCCUUUAUUGCAGAUUGUCUGCAGUGACUAAAAAAACAUUUUUCAACACUAGAGGUCAUUAGAGAGUUUUCACAGUGCUCCCAACUCAAAUUUCGUCUCAUUGAACUGCAAGGAGAAUGUGAAAGGAAGCCCACAAUUUGAAUUUGGUUAUUAUGAUAAUUGUGUGGUUUACUAUGGGCAUUUACAGCCAAGAAAUCUGAGAAAUC